GACGUCCUUUGACAGUAUCGUCCGUCCAUCUGCUGCAGGGACUGGCUUGCGCGCGAUGUCUCCAGCAAUAUCGGCAGCCUUUGCCGAGCGGGAAGGUCAAGCGCUCUCAAACUUGCACUCUGCCGGGCCCGGGCAGAUGGACGCUGGCACAAAGAGCAGCGUGGAUCUGGAGAUCAAGCCAGUCACUUCACUACGACCCGUCUGUACUAUCAGCACUCUGGUUCUGACAAGUCAAAAGCACACUCCCGCAGCGCUCUCUUCGAAGGUGCAGCCGAGCAAUCUCGAGGGGGGAACAUCAAGUAGGCCUGCUUCUCUUAUCGCUAAGUCUCAGAACAAUACCGUCUGCUCGCCAACUCUGACACUAUUCGAUACGGACACCCCGCUCCCGUCUCCUUCCUUGUGGUCCCCGGCGCGAAAAGGCCCGACAUCACCCGUACGGGACAGAAGGCAUCAAUCUGGCUCAGCGACUUCUCUCAGCGAACAGUGUUGGACGCCCGUUGGUCUUCGACCUCGAGGAUGCGACACAGACCCCCCUUUGAGGGUGCACGAGGACAAGGGUGGCCAGAGAGAGGGCCUGCUGAGUCUUGUCGACAUGCUGUCUAUCAUCGAGCCCGAGGAGAAGUCAUCUCAAACCAUGCAGUGCGAUCACUUACACCAAGCUUGCUCGAUCGAUGGCAAUGCAUCACGUCUCUUGAAGCGCACGUACAGUCUCACCCUGUCCCGACAACAUCGAGCGCAGUCAAGGGCAGGCAAGCGGAGCGAAGACACUCUGUACGAAGACAGAGACGCUCUCGGUCUUCCGCAGCCGACACCCUCCCACUCUCCCACCAAGACAUCGUGGCCGUUGAUGAAGGCGUAUGAUGCUUUGCGAGACAAAGAAGCAUCAGUCAUACCCUUCAUCAAGGCUGCAGCUGCAACUGUGGGCCGAAUACCUGCUCGGGAGACUCAGCGUGCCUUGCGAGGUAGCGCACGAAAUCUGACAAGGCAAGGCAGUCUCAGGAUCUUUUCGCGACCCGGGACGCCCGGCAGAUCGAUCUGAUCAGCGGUGUCGCAGCGAGAUGAGCGUGGGUGUGGGGCGUUGAACGCGGAACGCGGACGAAUGUGUACAGUACAAUCAGGCUUUGUGAUGUUUUGAUAUUUGCCAACUCAUGACAGUGCUCUACCGCGGUAAACUCUUACGAUGUCUCUUCGAUCUUGGAGCUUGAUCCGGCGACUUCAACAUCCUCAGCAGCGGCGUUCAAGGCUUCUGCCUUGUCGUCAUCGCC